AUGCCGCUGUCACUGGUGGUCACCUGCAUAUCGCAAAUGCGCUGGGGGCCCAAUGCCGAAGCCGAAGCUGAGGAUCGACUGCACGGCAAGUGCAAAGUAGCCUGCGCUUGUGCCAUGGAGAAGCGCCCUGCCAAUUCUUGGGGCUUGAGACGCUGCGCGUUGUUGGUGGCUGCCGGUGGUGGUUGGACCUCCAGGGCCCUCCUGUCGGACCCUUCUGGACAGAGAGCACUGGGGCAGCGACUGCGCGGACGCUGGGUCACAAGUGACCGCUGCAGCAACCUUGAAAAAGCGCACAGAGACGGGCUGUUCCAGGUUCGAGACCGCUUUGAUGCUGGUGCUGAACUUGGGGAAGAAGAGAUGUCCUGGACUAGGGAGUACGGCGAAAGCGGCUCGUUCCCAUUUUGGAGCUUGGGCCAGCCGAAAGCAGAGAUCCGCAGACUGGCGGCUGCACUUGAGGAGGCUUCCGGGGAUGGCUUGGCGGCAGUUGUCCUCGGCUGCGGUCUCGGGCUGGAUGUCUCUUACUUGGCAAAAGCCGGCAAGACAAGCUCUCUGACCGCGGUGGCGGGGGUGGACUUUGCCUGGCCUGCCAUCCAGGCCGCCGGCUGCUUCUUCCAUCACUUCGAUGUCUGCGAGCUCCCGGCCCCGACGGUGCCAUUGGACCUCAUCAUUGACAACACGGUCUUUCAAAAUGUGCACAGGAGUGGCCGAUUCGAAGCAUAUUUGGAGAGUUUAUGCCGAAUUUCAACGCCAGGCCACACGGUGCUUCAUCUGAACCUCAUGAGUCGUGAAGGGAUGGAGGCGCGAGAAGAGUUUGCCGAGAGCAUGGAGUAUCUGAACUUGCCCCUGCUUCGCCGAAAAGACAUUACCACUGCAUUGAAGCCCGAGCUAUGGGAGAUUUGGGAGGUUCGCGAGGGUCAGUAUGACUUGAAGCCAGAGGGGGCUGGCUUCGAGUGCAGCUUGCCUGCAUUGUUUGGGCUGCUGCGUGGAGGAGCCUCCUUCGAUGCACAGAACCUCAAGGGACAGACACCGUUGCACCUGGCCUGUGGCAAUGGGGCCCUUGCUCUAGCCAGGCUGCUCCUUUCCGCGCGGGCUGACCCAAGGCUUGGCGACCUUUCCGAAAACCAGGUCCCGGCGAUGGUGGCAACCUUGCAGCGUGCAAGCUGGUGGUCUGGCGGCCCUGAUUCACAGAGUCUGGACAUAUCAGAUCCGGCAAGCGCCCAUCCUGCCUCCGAACUUGCGGCCUCAAAGUCCUGGCAACGUCCGACUGGCUACUUGGAAGCACGACUGGUGACAGCAGAGGUCUGCCUACAAGCCAUGGAGGAAUGGGACCCAGACUUUCCAGCGGCGGCAAGCUUGUUGAACAGCCGCGGCGAGACGGCAUUGCACAUCGCGGCAUCCGCGGGUGACUUGGAAUUGUGCAGGCUGCUCGUCAGCUUCCAGGCAUCUGUCAAUGAUGCAGAGUCAGGUUCUGGCUUGACUCCCUUGAUGUGCGCAGUGAGCGCUGGAGCUUCUGAAGUGGUUCGCCAACUGAUCAUUGCCAAAGCUGAUCUGCAUCUUCGAGACGCGACGAGCCGGUCAGCACUCCACCAUGCUGCCGCGUGCGGCGACACUGCUGUUCGAGAUGCGGCGGAGCUGCUAAAGUGGCGUGCAGAGGCGAAUGCCAGUGAUUCAGAAGGAGCAACGCCCCUAAUGCUUGCAGCCACCCUUGGGGCUCCCGAGAUGAUGCGGUUCCUGCUGAAGCAAGGUGCAUCGCCUCAGGUCUGCAGGGCGAUGCUGCCGAACAUUUCGCACAAUGCAAGUCUGGAGAUCUUGCGGGGAAUUCUGUGA